UGCUCGUUUGGGACAGCCGUUCCGCGAUGGAAUUCGGGACAAUUGAAAGCUAGCCGGAUUGUCGUUAUAAGUGAUCGAGUACCUUGAAACCCUGAAGUUGAAAACAAGUGUUUUUCGUGCCUAACCUCCUCUAUAGUUGGGUAAACUCCUGACGUCAAAGUGUAAGAGUCCAAUAGUACUAUGUAUGAGUUACAAAACUCAAAGCAAUGAAUAAAAAAAUAAAAGAAAACAGAGCAUCAUCGACAAAUGAAAAUUAAAGUGAUACAUAUCGGAGCAGCGUAAAAGUGAAAACCUUUGAGGGGCGCGCGGUUAAGGUACGCCUGCGUAUGGCGAGAGUUGAAACUUAGUGAAAUUGAUGUUUGCAACGAAACAGGAAACAGACACAAUGCUGCUACUGAACGGUUGGAUAGGAGUCCUCUUGGGUUUUCUCUCAGCCUCAGAAGUACUUGGACUGAAGCUAAAAACGGUCCGCAUCCCGACGUACAAAUUUCGCAGCGAAUCGGCGCUGCUCGAAUGCCACUACGAGCUGAACGGUCAGCGCAAGGGCCACGGGUCGCCCGAUGCUGCCAACCGGAGGCACCACGGCUACCAGAGCGACUACCUUAGCGAACCAUUCGAGGAGGAGGAGAAGCUGUACUCCAUCAAGUGGUACAAAGACAACGAAGAGUUCUACCGUUACGUGCCGUCGGCUUCGCAGCCGAUCAAGAGCUACAAAAUCGAGGGCAUCCGGGUGGACCCAAACCACUCCGAUGGUACCAAGGUGCUACUGCGGGGGUUAACCCUCAAGUCGUCCGGCGUGUAUCGGUGCGAAAUCUCGGCCGAAGCGCCCAGUUUCGAUUCGGUGCAGGGCGAAGGCCGUAUGGACGUGAUAUACGUCCCCAAGGACGGGCCGCACAUAAGCGAUGGUGAACGGAAAAGUUACCAAAUCGGAGAAACCAUGGAGCUGAACUGCACUUCCGGCCGCUCCUAUCCCGCCUCUACGCUCCAGUGGUACCUCAACGACCUGCUAGUGACGGACCCGAAUAACGUCAUCCAUUACCCACCAGUACACAACCAGCACGGGCUAAUCACCACCUUCCUCGGGCUCAGCAUGGUCGUUAACCACCGACACUACAUCGACGGCACGAUGCGUAUCAAAUGCGUCGCCAGCUUAUCGCCUGUCCUGUGGAGGGGCGGCCAGGAGAGCAUCGUCCAGUGGGAGCAGCCCGCCAUCGACAAUCGCGUUGCCAUGCUCUUAGUGAAAAGCAAUGCAACGGUGCGAAGCCGACAUUUUCUCGUUCCAAUCAUUAGUUUACUACUUUACGCGUUCCAACCAAUCUUCGCUUGCAUAGUUUAGAAACUUCGGACUGCCCAGAGAGAAAGUGAAACAAUCCUCUUACAGUACGAACAGUAAUUACUUUCCUUAACAGCAAAGUAGCAAAAGUAUUUAUGAUUAGAACCUUAAUCUUAGGAAGCAUUCAACCCAAUCACGAUAGGGUGCCAUCGUGUCGAGAGACCAAAUAGCCCACUCACUGUAGCGACAAACAUCAACAAAGUGGCUGUUUCGUUAAUGGACAGCAAUCACUGAAAGUUUUUAAACCAGUACAGUACAAUAGUACAGUCAGUAACUUAAUUAUCUAGGCACAACAAGGUAACCCAAAAGCCCCGUAUGAGCUUACUUAACAUAAAACAGAGAACGAGAUUAGCGAACUCGGCGACCCACGGUCAGUUGUCAACAUCCUGUACAUAGGUGAAUCAAGUAUUAAAAUUGCAUUAUUUAUCCAUCAUGGCAGUGGCAGUGAUCUAAAAGUGAAAGACAACUACAGAUAAUGAUGGUUGACUGCAGCGAAUGAUGUACAACUUAAUAUGCUUUUGAACAAAAAAGAAAAUGUGUCCAAAUUUUCAGUUCUUUAAUUUAACAAGCCCCUUUCUCGGACGAUUGGGCUUUCAACAUCAACCACAGCCGAGGGCACGGUAAAAAAAAGCCACGGGUUUUCGUUCGAAAGUGGCUUGAGAAUCGAUGCACUCCAGCGUAACAAACUAAAAAAGAAAUCGUUGAAACCUCGAUCACGUAUAUUGUAUGAAAAUUCUUGAGAAUGUAAAUAGGACACAGAGAUCACAGUGAUAAAGACGAUCAAAUGUUAAACAAAACCUAUCAUCAUCAUAAACAACCAGAAUUAAACAUAAAACUAUCAUAGACAGUGUCGGUUUGACGAAAUCCCAACAUGAGA